UAGGAACCUAGGGGCGGCCUCACGUGUGCCUGGGGGGUCGGUUUAGGGACGGGCCGGAAGUGCCGAGAGCGCCGUCGGGAUGUCAGUUUGAGUCCCCUGGUUCCGGUCCAGGGAGGUGCGCGGGACGCUCCGCGCGGCGUGCAGGGUCCGGAGAGAGACGAGCGGGUUGCGCCCUGGGGGUGAGGAGGCGCCGGGAUGCGGAGUCCGUGCCCGGGGCUGCUGCGGGCGCCGGCCGGCCGGCCGCCCUCGCGCCACCUCCACGCGCACCUGUGUUCCAGCUCCCCUGAGCACCUGGCGCCGCCCCGCCGCCCGCAGGCUAUGUUUCUGGCGCGCCUGACCUCGCAGCUGCUCAGGGUCGUUCCCCGGGCAGGCUGCAGUCGUCUGGGGCCUGUCUCGGAAGUGUUGGGCAGCCAUGCCUGCAGGCCUUGCUGCAGCACACAGCCAACAGGCCCAAGCGGGGUUGCCUCCCUCCCCGGCAGGGGGAUCCAGCUGGAGCUCGAGCAGAUGUUGGUCCCCAGGAAGAUGUCCAUCAGCCCUCUGGAGAGCUGGCUGACUGCCCGCUACCUCCUUCCCAGACUGGAUGCUGGAGCUUCAGCCCAGCUUUACAAGUGUCCCCCUAGCCAGGUAGGGGAAGGUGCUGAGCAGGGGGGUGAGGGGGUCUGGGAUGCAUCCUGGAUGCAGUGCAAAAACAUACUGAAGAUCCGCCGGCGGAAAAUGAAUCAUCAUAAGUACCGCAAGUUGGUCAAGAGGACCCGGUUCCUGCGAAGGAAGGUUCGGGAAGGACGCCUGAAACGGAAGCAGAUGAAGUUCGAGAGAGACCUGAGGCGCAUCUGGCUUAAGGCAGGCCUGAAAGAAGCCCCUGCAGGCUGGCAGACUCCCAAGAUCUACUUGAAAAGCAGAUGAGUCUAGUGUUCUGUCUGCCCCUGUUACUGCUGGUGACCUGUUGUAAUAAAUACUGAGAGAGCUUGGCCGGCCUGGCCUGUAUUCCACUUACUGUGAGCUAUCUUGGGAUUGAGAACCCCAGAUACCUACCAGCCUCUGAUGACCUAGGAGGCAUGAGGGCCCCAGAGUGGUGCUGGGCCUGCAGGAAUGACAGACUCCCUGCUCAGGACUGUGUGCUGUGGCAGUAGCUGUGAACAGGCUCAGCUCUCCUCUUAGGCCCACUGUUGGAUACAGGCCCUUGAAGCACACACAAGGUGGUUUAGAUGCCAAGGGACAGUGCUAGGGGCCAGGGAGUGCCCAGGCUGAGGUGAGGUCUGGUUAGGUUAUAUUUGAUGAGUGGGUCCAGAGAGGGCCUCACUGGGGAGACGGGAGGGGAGGGAGGCGGAAAGGCCCUGGUGCCCCCAGAGAUGAUGGACAGUGCCCUGUAGGACUUGGGCCUCAAGUGGCCCUCAACCACCCUGCUCAGCUAGGGCUGGGGACCCCUGGCCUGCUGUAGGCUUCGUGGCCUGUACCACUUCCUAGCACCCUGAGGCAGGUGGCAUGGAGGCAAGUCACGAAGGGAUGUGCUCUGGCAGGUUCCGGGCUGAGGAAGGGAACUGCUCAUGGAGCCGGGAAGCCCUGGAACUUUGUUUCCUCCCCAGCUUCAAGAGGCGGCCCCUGCCUUUUUAUCAAUGGGACCUCCAUCCUGUCCCCCAAGCCCGUGGGAUUUGCAGCCCCUUCUCCCUGUUGUCUCCCCCGAUCUAGCCCUGGAUACCCUCUGAGCGGCAGGGCAGAGCCAAAUAAGGUUGUACACAGAUCAACGUGAAGUACCAGACCGCAGCUCCUGCGUCACCCACCCAAGCUGGCCGUACAGAUGGCAGCCUUACCCCUUCGGUGGAUCUCUCCACUUGCCAGGCCGGCCUGCACCUCCCAGUGUAGCCACGUCACACUUAAAUACUACAGGCCUUGGGUACAGAAAGAUUCACCUCUUUUCUCUUUUCUCCUACAACUGCUUGUUUUUCCUGUUUGGUUUUUCCUUUUGCACAUUUUUCUAUGUACCACUAAUUCAGCCACAAACUUGUCGACAGUAUAAAAACUCAGUUUGUUCCAACUA